AUGCCACCCCGUCGGCGUCGGCGCUCACCUGACCCUGAUAGGAAUAUUGAUGAAUUGGAAGACCUUAGAGCAAAGAAGGCUGCUGCUUGGCCAAAGAAAGAACAAAUGAAUGACGAUAUUGUUGAAACAUUUGGAAAGAAAAGAUGCAUAGCAUGGUUUCAAGAAUAUUCUGGUGUUGAUGAUGACCUUAUUAGCCCAGAGGGCAUGGAGAAAUUUUGUGAAGAUAUUGGUGUUGAACCAGAAAAUAUUGUAAUGUUAGUGCUUGCCUGGAAGCUUGCAGCAAAAAGUAUGGGAUUUUUUACUAUGCAGGAAUGGCUUAAAGGAAUGACUGAAUUACAAUGUGACACUACUUCAAAACUACGUAAGAAAUUAGAUUUCAUUCGGUCAUAUCUAAAUGAUCCAGUAUGCUUCAAAAGUAUUUACCGAUAUGCCUAUGAUUUUGCAAAGGACAAAGAUCAACGAAGUAUGGAUAUAGAAACAGCCAAAGCUAUGCUAUCAUUACUUCUAGGAAAACAUUGGCCUUUGCACAGUUUAUUUCAUCAAUUUCUAGAGCAAUCAAAAUACAAGGUUAUCAACAAAGAUCAAUGGUGUAAUAUAUUAGAAUUCAGUCGAACUAUUCACACGGAUCUUUCAAAUUAUGAUGAAGAUGGAGCGUGGCCAGUUAUGUUGGAUGAGUUUGUUGAGUGGUUGAAGGAACAAAAUACUUUUCGCAGUUGA